AUGGACUUUGAUAGUCUUGAAACACACGAGUUCCAUCUAAAAGAAGAUAUGUUGUUUCAAGGAUGGACUUCUUUGUUCUCCGAGUUCUGUGGACCUGUAUACCCAGAACUAGUAAAAGAAUUUUGGGUGCAUGCUGUAGUAGACCCUAAAUCAAUCUUGUCGUUUGUUCAUGGAAGAACUGAGCUGCCAGAAGUUAGGACUAAAUAUCUUAACUCUCUCAAGGAAGAUAAAGCCAAAUAUGUUCUUGCUAAAGUUAGUCGGAAGAAAGCCUCCACUUCCAAGAGUGCAGUUUCAGAAGUUGCUUCAGAAUCUGUUCAAGAAGUUGUUGUUAACAAAGAAAGAAGGAAAAAGCGUAAGUUUGAUCGUUCUUCUAACCAGGAGAAGGAAGUCCAAGAAGAAGCUGCUGCAGUAGUUGAUAAGGAUGCUACUGAAAAUGAUGUUGUUGUUGAAGCUGUUCUUGUUGAAAAUGAACAAGAAGCAGAAAAAGAAAAAGUUGUGAAAAGGAAGAGGAAAAAGACAAAGAAAGAUGUAAAUGUUGAAGCUGAGAAGGAAGUAGAGAAGGAGAAUACCAAUAAGAGAAGAAGAUUGAUUAUAGUAGAAAGUGAAGAAGAAGAAGAGAUUCCAGAAGCUGUGAAUCAUCAAGUAGAGGAAAAUCAAGAUUUGACUACUGAAGAAGCAGAAACUCCAGAAGUAGUUAAUCAAGUAGUUGAGAACCAAGAAGCUGUGGAUAAGGAGAAUGAAAGACUUGCUUCUGCUAGAAAAAGAGAAAUUGCUCUAGGGAAGGAGAAGAUUGUGGAAGAGCAGAAGAACAAGAAGCAGAAAAGACUUGAGGCUGAAUUUGAAGCUAUUCAGAAUAUGUCCAAAGGUAUACAUCUUUCUGAACCUGCUUCUGUUUCUGUUUUAUGUUCAGAAUUUACACCAACAGAUGUUGCUCAAUCCCCUGAACCAGAAAAUCAACCAGAAAAAGCCCCAUCAGAAUCACCUCAACACACCAAUGUUCUUAUCCCUCCUUCUCCACCCGUUACAAAAGUUCUUACUCCUCCUCUUUCUCCCGUAACCAACCCUACUUCUGACCAACCCCUUGACUCCAUAAUUCUUGACAUCCAAUCCCUUCAAACUGUCUUUCCCCCACAAACAAAUAUCUCUAUUUCUCAACCUCCUCCUCAUGCUAACUUUAAACCCAUUUCUUCCCCCUCACAAAAUAAUCCUUCCUUAUCUGACCUUCUAGAUUCUGCAUUAUAUGAGCAAUUGCUUCGUGACUGCAACUACACACCCAAGCCUCGUCCUGAACCUGAGCUAACUUCAGCAUUCUUGAUACACAGCUUCUUGUGUGAGGCAGCAAGCUCAUCAAAGGUUAGCUCAUCAUCAUUGGAAUCAUCAUCAGAUGCACAGACACUUGUUAAAACUGUUACAUGUUUUGCAGUUUCCUCUUUAGACUUAUUGUCUAAAUCUUCAUCAGACCAAGUGACAGACAGUCCUUUCUUACGCUCCUUGAGGUAG